AUAGAUAGAUAGAUACAGGGCUGCUAGCUAGAGAUAGAUAGACGAUAGGGGCGUCACUUGUGCCUGGCUGCAUGCAUGACGCCAACUACAGCGCUAGCAUAUGUACCUGGAGCUUUGUCUGUGUCCAUCGUGCACAGCACACCCAAAACCAAAAGGUCCAAACGGAACGCAGGACGAAGCUGCGAGCCGUGGCAUGUCAUAGCAACGGCCGGGGACGAGGAGAAGAAUGGGGGAGGGCGCGCCAUGCAGCCUCAUGCCACGGCGCCGGGGGCUAGUGCGGUGGCGCGGCCUCGGCCUCGGCCGGCGCCGUAAGCUCCACGUCGCCCGGCUCGGCGGCGGCGGCGGCAGCGGCACGGCAGGCGGUGGCCGUGGCCGCGGGCUCCUGCGGCGGCUCCGACUGCGCUGGCUCCGGCGUGCCGUCCGCAAGCUGGCCGCGAUUUACAAGGCGGCGCUGGCAGGGCCGGGGGCACCGUGGGUCGGCGUGGAGCCCUGCUUCGCCACGCCGUUCGUCUUCGUCCCCAACGCCCGGCCCUUCCUGUGAUGCCACCGGCCGGCGCAGAGCUUCUAGGCAAGGGGAAACCGAUCGAUUGCCGGCGGCCGUGAUCUCGGCAUCAUUUCCAUGCAUGCGCGAAGCUCUGCUUGAUUUCUGUCCUUGCUGUUUGUUAAUUUCGCUUUGAUGCAAAAUAAGAAAAGAAAAGGUAAAUUCAGUA